CAAGCUGCAACCCUUCCUGAUUCCUGCAAUUUCUUAAGACAAAAAACAUGUAAAAGAAAAAGUCCACUUACUCAUCACUUUUCACCGAAAAGUAAAAAGCACACACACCUGUGUUUUCCUUGACUUUAGAUUAAUUUAUAGACACUCAUAAAGUAUGUUUCAGAAUCACCUCAAAUUCUAUAGAACUGCAUGAACUCAUGUGGUUUUCGAUUCUCCACAACUUUCCAUAGGUAGAAAAUAAAGAAGUGGCUCUCAACAAAAAGAAUAUCUACCAGGAGAAUGGCACCAUAGUUUUGUUUUGGAAUGAGUUGUUAACAUAGUGACUUCAGUCAAAGAGUGACAUUACUUAAACUAGUGGGGUGCAAAGGUAUCAAAAUUUGCCAGAUUUUGUGGAAAUGGGAGUUGUCACUGUAGGUGAAUUUAAGCCUAGUGUUUCAGGGAAGAGGAGCUUUCGUCCAAGCUCAAGCAUAAGGCAUGCUACUGAAUGGCCGAUAUCUGAUGUCUCUAGUGAUCUUAGCAUCGAAAUAGGAGCUUCAUGCUUUGCACUUCACAAGUUUCCUCUAGUUUCUAGGAGUGGAAGAAUUAGGAAACUAUUGUUAGAAUCAAAAGAUUCUAAAGUUUCGCGCAUAAGUUUCCCUAAUGUACCAGGUGGUGUGGAGGCAUUUGAGCUAGCUGCAAAAUUCUGUUAUGGAAUUAGCAUCGAGUUCACUCUCUCCAAUGUUGCUAUGCUAAGAUGCAUAGCCCAUUUUCUAGAAAUGACAGAAGAAUUCGCCGAGAAAAACUUGUUGACGCGAGCCGAAUCAUAUCUAAAAGAGACGGUGCUUUCAAGCACAGCAAACUCAAUAUCCGUUCUUCACCGAUGUGAAACUCUCCUACCAAUUUCUGAAGAGAUUAGCCUUGCUAACAGAUUAAUCAAUGCAAUUUCAAGUAAUGUGUGCAAAGAGCAACUUGCUUCUGGUUUGCAAAAACUAGACCAUAGUUUUCCUUCUAAAAUCAUUGAACCUGAAACACCUUCAGAAUGGUGGGGAAAAUCUCUUACUGUUCUUAAUCUUGAUUUCUUCAAAAGAGUUUUAUCUGCAAUGAAGUCAAAGGGUCUUAAACAAGACAUUAUCAGCAAAAUUUUGAUAAACUAUGCACAUAAUUCUCUUCAAGUAGUCAAAGGAAAUUUACUUGAUUUAGAAUUUUUGAAGAAACAAAGGGUCCUUGUUGAAACAAUAACUAGUUUACUACCAACUCAAUCAAGGAAAAGUCAGAUUCCAAUAGCUUUUCUCUCAAGUUUGUUGAAAUCUGCAAUAGCAUCAUCAGUAUCUACUUCUUGUAGAUCUGAUUUGGAGAGAAGGAUUGGUCUGCAACUUGACCAAGCAAUUCUUGAAGAUAUUCUGAUUCCAACAAGUUUAUAUCAAAACAAUAACCACAGCAGUACUAUCUAUGAUACAGACUCAAUUGUGAGGAUUUUUUCCAUUUUUCUUAACUUGGAUGAGGAGGAUGAGGACGAUAGCCGAAUGAGAGAUGAAACUGAAAUGGUUUAUGAUUUUGAUAGCCCAGGAUCGCCAAAACAAAGCUCAAUUCUUAAGGUAUCCAAAUUGCUGGAUAACUAUCUUGCUGAAGUAGCUUUAGACCCAAACUUGCUUCCAUCAAAGUUCAUUUCACUUGCUGAGUUACUUCCUGAUCAUGCGCGAAUUGUAAGCGAUGGACUCUAUAGAGCAGUCGAUAUCUUCCUUAAGGUUCAUCCAAACAUGAAGGAGUCAGAGAGGUACCGAUUAUGCAAAACUAUCGACUGUCAGAAACUAUCACAAGAAGCAUGCAGCCAUGCAGCACAAAAUGAAAGACUACCAGUUCAAAUGGCAGUACAAGUUCUAUACUUCGAACAAAUCCGUCUACGCAACGCUAUGAACGGAGGAGGACACAAUCAACUACUUUUUGGUGGACUUAACGGUCAAUUCCCUCAACGUUCAGGCAGUGGUGCAGGAAGUGGAGCAAUGUCACCUAGAGAUAACUAUGCAUCAGUUAGAAGAGAGAACCGUGAGCUGAAACUCGAAGUAACAAGAAUGAGAAUGAGACUCACUGAUUUGGAGAAAGAUCAUGUUUCUAUGAAACAAGAGCUUGUUAAGUCUCAUCCUGCUAAUAAACUCUUCAAAUCAUUCACCAAGAAAUUAAGUAAGCUUAAUGCAUUGUUUCGGAUGAAUGGUAUUAAGGCGAAUGGCGUUGGUUCGGAGAGUCGGUUUCCUUUUCCAAAGAGAAGGCGUCACUCAGUUGCUUGACUACAAAGUAAAUGUUUAACAUGUAAUGAGAUUAUGUAUAGUUUAUAUGUUGCAUAGAGUGAUUGUGUUUAUUUUUAAGUUUUCCAUAGUUUUUUUUCCUUGUUCUUGGAUUUGCUUUGUUUGGUUAAUGGCACUAUUAGAUUAUAAUCUGAUUAAGAAUUACAACA